AUGAAGAUUGCCCGUUAUCUCGCCCACGGCUCCGAACACUACGGCGUUGUCGACGGCGACCAGGUUACCGCCAUCGAGGGGAGUCUUUUCGAUUCUCCGGUCAAACUGACCGACCACGUCCACAGCCUGUCCGACGUCAAGCUGUUGGCGCCGGUGCACCCGGGGAAAAUCCUGGCGAUGGGUUUGAAUUACACCAGCCACGUCGGCGACCGGCCCGCUCCAGAAUACCCAAUGAUCUUCCACAAGACCCCUACCAGCGUAAUUGGUCCGGAAGACUCCAUCAUCCGUCCCAAAGAGGUACAGCGAUUUGACGCCGAGGGCGAGAUGGUCGUUGUCAUCAAGGACAGGUGCAAGAACGUAACCAAGGAAGACGCGCUGAAUCACGUGCUGGGUUACACCUGCGGCAACGACGUCAGCGCCCGCGACUGGCAGCAGAAAGACCGCCGGGAGAACAACUCGGACUGGUGGCGUGCCAAGUCGGCAGACACGUUUUCGCCCAUGGGGCCGUGGAUCGAAACCGAUACUGACCCCCACGCCCAGCACUUGCGGACGCGGGUAAACGGCAACGAAGAGCAGAACGAAACCACCGCUCACCUGAUCUUCGACGUGCCGACGAUGAUCGAGUUCAUCACGAGGUACGUUACGCUCGAGGCUGGCGACUGCAUCUUUACGGGCACGCCGGGCACAACGUCCGACAUGGCUGACGGCGCCGUCUGUGAGAUCGACAUCAGCGGUAUCGGCGUCCUUCGUAAUCCGGUCAAGCUGGAAUCGUAG